CAGAACCAAGAACUGGCUCGGUUCUCCUCCAGCCAUGGGGACCUCAUCAGAUCGUGUAAUGUUCCUGUUUCUCCUUUUGUCUUCAGCUUCAAACGUCCUUGGUUCCAACGUCUGCACAUCACGAGGAGUCACCACUUGUCAGCAGUGCCUCGCCGUUCAUCCGAGCUGCGCCUGGUGCUCCCAGCAGGAGAUCGGGAUGGCGGGGUCCGGUGUUUCUCGCUGUGAUCUCAAAGCGAACCUGAUAAACGAAGGGUGCAGCUCAGCGGCUCUGGAGUUCCCCUCCAGCACUCUGACCGUCCUGCAGGAUGAUCCUCUCAGUGACAAGGCUUCGGGUACGGCUGACGACGUCACUCAGGUCAGGCCUCAGAAACUCCAAAUAAAGUUAAGACCAGGUGAUGCCAAGAAGUUUACCGUGACGGUGAAGCAGGUGGAGGACUACCCCGUGGACCUCUACUAUCUGAUGGAUCUCUCAUACUCGAUGAAAGAUGACCUGGAUCGCCUGCUCACCUUGGGCAACAAGCUCGCUGACACAAUGGGCAAAACCACGAGCAAACUGCGCAUGGGCUUUGGAGCCUUUGUGGACAAGACCAUCUCGCCAUACAUGUACUCCUACCCUCCAGAGGCCAUUCAGAACCCUUGUUUUGAUAUAGCUGAUCAGUGCAUGGCUCAGUUCAGCUUCAGGCAUGUGUUGCCCCUGACAGAGAAGGUGUCUCGCUUCACGGAGGAAGUGAAAAAGCAGAAGGUGUCCAGAAAUAGAGAUGCUCCUGAGGGUGGUUUUGAUGCCGUCGUGCAGGCUGUGGUGUGCAAGGAGAAGAUCGGCUGGCGUCCGGAUGCCUCCCAUCUCCUGGUGUUAACCACUGACGCCAAAACUCACCUUGCUCUGGAUGGACGUAUUGCCGGCAUUGUCCAGCCCAAUGAUGGACAGUGUUACCUGGACAGUGACAACGUUUACAACAAAUCCACCGUGCUGGAUUAUCCCUCCUUGGCUCUCAUGACAGAGAAGAUGUCUGAAAACAACAUCAAUUUGAUUUUUGCUGUGACGAGCUAUGUUGUGCCUCUUUACAAGGAAUACAGUCAGCUCAUCCCAGGCACAACCGUGGGAACGCUGUCAGAUGACUCUGGGAAUGUGAUUCAGCUGAUUGAGGACGCCUAUAGGAAAAUUCGCUCUAAAGUGGAGCUGGAGCUGCUGGGAGUCCCAGACGAGUUGAAUCUCUCUUUCAACGCCACCUGCCUGAACGGAGAGGUCAUCCCUGGAGUCAAGUCCUGCUCUGGACUGAAGAUCGGGGACACGGUGUCUUUCAGUGUGGAGGCUCAGCUGCGUGGCUGCCCUAAAGAGAAGAGCCGCAAGUUUACCGUCAAACCUCUGGGCUUCAAGGACUCUCUAGAGGUCACGGUGGACUUUGCUUGCGGCUGCGACUGCGAGGCGAAGUCGGUGGCCAACAGUUCGGUCUGCAGCAACGGCAACGGGACCUACGAGUGCGGCGUUUGCCAGUGCCACCAGGGUCGAAUGGGUCCGAGAUGCGAGUGCUCACUGGAGGACUACAGUCCAUCUGAUGAUGCCGACUGCAUCCCAAAACCAGGCAGCUCGAUGUGCAGCGGGAGAGGCGACUGUUUGUGUGGACAGUGCUCCUGUCAUGCAAAUGAUUUCGGACAGGUGUGGGGAAAGUACUGCGAGUGUGACGACUUCAACUGCCUGCGCUUCAAGGGCGCCCUGUGCUCUGACAAAGGGAAGUGUAACUGUGGCUUCUGUCAGUGUGACGCCGGCUGGAAGGGAGAGAACUGUAACUGCUCCACCCGGACCGACACCUGCAUGUCCAGCAUCGGGCUGCUGUGCAGCGGCCGGGGUAACUGCGAGUGUGGGGUCUGCCAGUGCACCCAGACCGGCGCCUACGGAGGCACCUGUGAAAAAUGCCCCACCUGUCCGGAUUCCUGCACCAUCAAAAAGGAGUGUGUCGAGUGUCAGCACUUCAAGAGAGGACAGUACAUCACAGACGACAGCUGCAACAGAAUCUGCAAAACUGAAGUACAAGUAGUCGAUGAACUGGCUUACCAUGCAGAGCACGCCGUGAACUGCUCGUACAAAGACGAGAACGACUGCAUCGUGCACUUCCAGUAUUAUGAAGACACCAGCGGCAAAUCCAUCCUGUACGUGGUGAAAGAACCAGAGUGUCCCGAGGGUCCUAACAUCCUGGUGGUCCUCCUGGCGGUGGCCGGAGCCAUCCUGCUGCUGGGCCUCGUCGGUUUGCUCAUCUGGAAGCUGCUGAUCACCAUCCACGAUCGCCGAGAGUUCGCCAAGUUCGAGGAGGAGAGAGCCAAAGCCAAAUGGGACACGGCAAACAAUCCUUUGUAUGUCGGAGCCACUUCCACUUUCACCAACGUAGCAUACAAAGGCGACUAAAGGCUAGCCGGAACAUGUCCGAAUCUCAGGGCUGGACG